UUAUCAAAAUUUAGAAAGAGUGAUUCGCUGCUACUCGCACAUUUUUGCUUCACUAGUUCAACAACCGGCCGACGCGCCGCUUUCUCAAUCCUACUUCGUUUCCUUUCACCCUCCAAAAAUUCCUAAAAUUUUAUCCAAAUUGGCAUUUCACCAUUUCUUAAUUACGAAACCUAACUCUCAUUUUCCCAAAUUCAUUCUCCUUUCAGCACAAUUCACCAAUCUUUUCUCUUUCAACACAAAUGGGUGUUGAUUACUAUAACCUACUGAAAGUUAACCGGAACGCCACGGACGAUGACCUCAAAAAGGCCUACAAGCGGCUGGCGAUGAAAUGGCAUCCCGAUAAGAAUCCCGUUAACAAGAUAGAUGCCGAAGCUAAGUUCAAGCAAAUUUCUGAAGCUUAUUAUGUCCUCAGCGACUCGCAGAAGCGUCAGAUCUAUGAUCUAUAUGGGGAAGAGGGACUUAAGUCUUUCGAGUUUUGUGGCCCCAGUGAUGAGGAGAAGACGUCCACCAACAACACAAAGUACGGAUUCAAUCGGCGGGAUGCGGACGAUAUUUUCAACGAGUUUUUCGGCGGAUCUGACGGCGGUGGUAUGGGUGGUGGGAGUGGAAAGAGUGGGUUCUAUAGUAACGGAGACACGGGGAAUCACGGAAACAAGAAGGCGGCGGCAAUUGAAAGCAAGUUGAUAUGCAGUUUGGAGGAGCUCUAUAAAGGAGCCAGAAGGAAGAUGAGGAUUUCGCGUUCUGUUCCUGAUGAUUUCGGCAAGCCAAAGACUGUUGAGGAAAUCUUAAAGAUAGAUAUCAAACCUGGUUGGAAGAAGGGCACGAAAAUCACUUUCCCAGAGAAAGGCAACCAAGAACCUGGUGUUAUUCCAGCUGAUCUUAUCUUUGUGGUGGAUGAGAAGCCCCAUCCUGUUUUCAGGCGGGAAGGGAAUGAUCUGGUGGUCAAUCAGAAAAUCUCAUUACUAGAGGCUCUCACAGGGAAGGUCGUUGAUUUUACAACCUUGGAUGGAAGGUAUCUCACAAUCCCAGUAAUGGAUAUUAUCAAACCAGGCCAUGAGAUUGUGAUAUCGAAUGAAGGAAUGCCCAUUUCCAAAGAACCACACAAGAAAGGAAACCUUAGAAUCAAGUUUGAUGUCACAUUCCCAUCAAGACUCACAGCAGAACAGAAAUCUGAUCUCCAGAGGAUCCUGGGCGGUGCUGAUAUUUAAGUACUUCAGGGUUCAAGCUUGAUCAUCCACUAAUACUAAUUAUAUAUAAGUUAAUGGGGUGUAAAUACAUUUGCAUUUUCCAUUUUUCUAGAGAAAAAUUGUGCAUACUAGGGAGAAAGUUAGAAGCAUUUUAAGCACUAUCAUUAGCUAAGUGGCAUGGGUAAAAGUAUCAAGUUGAUUCCUAAUUGAAAUUUGUAUACUAAUGAUCUACUAAUUUUUAGUCUUUUUGCUUUGAAGUUGAAGAGGGAAACUCUCUGUGCUAUGUACUUGAACAAUAAUGUUGUUUAAUGCAUUGACUUGCUUCUCGACUGUUCUUUCA